GCCCCAAAACAAGUAAAAAUGGCAUUCAAGUUCAUCGCCCUCUUCGCUCUGAUCGCCGCUGCCAACGCCGGCCUUCUGCCCGCGGCCCAGGUCUACCACGCCGCCCCCGCCGUGGCCACCUACGCCGCCCCCACCGUCGUCAAGACAAUUGCCCAGCCCGUGCUGGCCAAGGCCGCCGAGGAAUACGACCCCCAUCCCCAGUACAAGUACGCCUACGAUGUCCAGGACUCGCUCUCGGGCGACUCCAAGAGCCAGGUGGAGGAGCGCGACGGAGAUGUCGUCCGCGGAGAGUACUCCCUGAUCGAUGCCGAUGGCUACAAGCGCACCGUCCAGUACACCGCCGACCCCAUCAACGGAUUCAACGCCGUCGUCAACCGCGUUCCCCUGGAGCAUGUCAAGACUGUGGUGAAGACCGUCGCCGCUCCCGUCGCCCACUACGCCGCACCCGCCGUUGCCCACUAUGCCGCCCCAGCUGUGGUCAAGACUGUGGCUCCCGCCUACCACACCUAUGCCGCACCAGCUGUCGUCAAGACCGUUGCUCCCGUGGCCCACUACGCUGCUCCCACCCACUACGCCGCCCCUGCUGCGACCUACACCUCGUAUGCUACCCCCGCUGUUGCCUACCACCACUAAAUUCCAUCCCUGCCAUUCCCCACACCCUUUCUUGUUAUAGUUAUACGAAUGCCCCCUAAAAAUACACAACAAAUAUUUUCCACAUA